AAAAACUGAAGCUACGCGAGAUUUACGUGAUGGCUAAAGUGAACUAGCUUGCUUUGACAACCACAGUGACUGACACCGGUCGUGGUGAUCCACCGCCUGCUGCAAACGUCCUUUCGGUGGUCUCUAUGUCAUAGAGAGAAACUUUAAAGCUAACCAUCCACAGAGGAGUCCUGUCUGCCGGAUUGAAGAGCCCCUACCUCCCCUCGGACUGCCCACGGCUCUUGUCCUUUAACCGGCCAGCCUCAUCCAGCCCCACUGUGGAUCUUUAGACCUAACGGCAGGACAGUGGCAGAGGCGGAGCCAGAGCCAUCGGGGACCAGACCAGCGGGCAGAAGGGCUCCAUGAGCGCCACGGGGCAGCAGCAAGCGGGAGGCCUGCGUUCUCGCCGAGGCCUUGGCCGGGACAAGGACCCUGGGCAAGGAAUGGGCAUGGAGGCGGCCUGCUGGCUGGCCCCCGGAGUGCUCCGCAGGCUAAUCGAGUUGCCCUCACCCCCCUUGUCCCGACACCAGCUCAAGAGACUGGAGGAGCACAGGUACAGCAGUGCAGGACGCUCUCUGCUAGAGCCUCUGAUGCAGCGUUACUGGGAAUGGUUGGUGGGACGGGUCCCUUCCUGGAUUGCUCCCAACCUCAUCACCAUCAUCGGCCUGGCCACCAACGUCUUCACCACCCUCGUGCUCAUCUACUACUGCCCAACUGCCACUGAACAGGCUCCUCUCUGGGCGUACCUGCUGUGUGCUGUGGGCCUGUUUAUCUACCAAUCAUUGGACGCCAUUGACGGGAAGCAGGCCAGACGCACCAAUAGCAGCUCUCCGCUGGGCGAGCUCUUUGACCACGGCUGUGACUCCCUCUCCACCGUGUUUGUGGUGUUGGGAACCAGUAUAGCAGUGCAGAUGGGCACCAACCCGGACUGGAUGUUCUUCUGCUGCUUUGCUGGGAUGUUCAUGUUCUACUGUGCCCACUGGCAAACAUACGUGUCAGGAACACUGCGCUUUGGCAUCAUUGAUGUGACUGAGGUGCAAAUCUUCAUAAUAAUCAUGUAUUUGCUGGCCGCUGUGGGAGGAUCUGCUUUGUGGCAGUCAAUGAUUCCGAUCCUAAAUAUCCAGAUGAAAAUGAUUCCUGCCAUCUGCACUUUUUUAGGAGCCAUCUUCUCCUGCACCAAUUACUUCAGAGUUAUUUUUACAGGAGGUGUGGGCAAAAACGGAUCCACAAUAGCAGGAACCAGCGUCCUCUCUCCAGUUUUACAUAUUGGUUCAGUUAUAAUUUUGGCGAUGAUGAUAUACAAGAAGUCUGCUGUCCAGCUCUUCGAGAAACAUCCAUGUCUUUAUAUCCUGGCGUUUGGCUUUGUCUCGGCCAAAAUUACCAAUAAAUUAGUUGUAGCACACAUGACAAAAAGUGAGAUGCAUCUCCACGAUUUAGCCUUCCUGGGACCAGGACUACUGUUCCUGGAUCAGUAUUUCAAUAGUUUUAUUGACGAGUACCUGGUGCUGUGGAUUGCAUUGAUCAUUUCCUUCUUCGACUUGGUACGUUACUGUGUCAGUGUUUGCAACCAGAUUGCCUGCCAUCUUCACAUUUUCGUUUUCAAAAUCAAGCCUUGUUCAGUGCUCAGUUCAGCACCUCACUGAGGACACGCCGGCCGUUACUGACUCUGUCCCUUUCCCGUUAGUCACACUCCAUCUUUUCGUCCCUCUGUUUCCCACGACGCAGGGGACGACCUGGUGUAAAAGUAUGUGCUUCUGCCAACUGAAUGUGAGGACAAAUAAUAUACAGUAUAUUAAGUUACUGGAGUAUUACUGUCAUUGUUUCCUUUUCACCAGUGCAGAAUUUGAAUUGGUACGAGUUUUCAUCUUCUGCACCAGUAAUAAGCAUUCUCCUUCUGACAAACUCAUGAGCAAAUAUUUCAGGAGAGUACAGGUGCUACUCCAUCUGUUCAAGGAGAGCAACUUAAAUGUCUUUUAACUGUUUGUGUGCAAAGAAAAUGUAUAGAAACUGAAUCAAAACUAUUUGCUUUUUCACAAUUAUAAUUUUUUUUAAACAUUU